GCAGCUCAAGAUCAAGGUGCGUGCUAUGGUCUCACCAGGCCUGGACCCCAGGCACAACGUACAUUUAAGUUUGCUAUGUGGACUUGCCAGAUUGGAUUGCUUCUCUAGUCCACUACCUCAUCUCCAACAGCGGCCAGCACAGACAAUUCUGCACUGAGCUGCCCUUGGGGAAGACCACGAAGCACAGGCGUCAGUACGUCUUGUCAAUUUCUAUUUGCAGAAAAAACGCAAACAAUGGCUCCCAGGAACAGAGGGAAAGGGAAAAAAGAAGGGAAACAGAAGAAAAAGAAGAAUGUGGCAGAAAAUGAAGUGGAGGAGAAAUACAGGAAAGCAGCCCUGGAGGUCGACAUCCUCAAAGAGCACCUAGUCCUCCGGAGCGACGUGGCCAGGCAGGCAAAGGCUGACAGCGAAAGACUCAAGCAGAGGCUGGUGGAGCUGGAGCAGGAGCUGGAGAUGUCACGGGAUGACAAGAAAGACAUUUACGAAGAGAUGAUCCGGCAGUACCAGGAGCUCCAGCAGCAGACAGAGACCCACAUACAGCAAUUGGAGACCAAGACAAAGCAGCUACAGGAGCAGCUCGCAACGUGCCGUGAGGAUAUCGAGCAGGCCCGGGUGGAGAGAGAGCAGGUGCUGGGGGAGAAGGACCAGACCAUCGCCGAGCUGCAGGGCAAAAUCAAUGCCAUGGAGACAGAGUAUGAAAAGAUCCUGCACGGGAGCCUGGACCGAGUCCUUUCCAAGCUGGCAGCUGCCCAGGGCUGCUGGGAGAAGGAAGCCACAGCCGUGCACAUGAAACACAAGGAGAGACUGCGAGAGUUCGGGCUCAAUCCCCUGGAGAUCUAGGAUCCUGGUUUACGCUGGGGCAAGGGGCCAUGUAGACACCCCACCAUGGCCAACCACUAACCCUCAGCCAUGGCAGCUGAGAUGUUUUGCCUGACAGGGCCAGCAGCAGGAACCCAUAGCCGUCUGGACCUUUCACCAUGUGCAGCUUCCUGGCCUUGAAGGGCAGCGUGGUGGCAUCGGCCAU